AUGAUUGCUGAUGACAGUGACGAUGAUAUUGGAGCGAGUGAGCCUACUGGGGUGGGAGGUGGUUCUAGCUCUGGCACACAGCAGUACCCUCCACAUUUUUCCUCUUUAGACUUGGAUGCCAUGAGGCAGGAGGGGGUUCCUAGGCAGCCUGCUAGAUUUGGCGCUAGAGAUGCUGAAGCGUCUGCAGGUCUGACAGAGUUUCAGGUUGGUCAGCAAUUUCAAGAUAAAGAUGAGGCUCUGUUAAGUGUGAAGACUUACAGCAUCCGUCGAGGGGUACAGUACAAGGUAGUGGAGUCUGACUAUCACCGGUAUGUGGGCAAGUGUUCUGAGUUCGGGAAUGGGUGCACAUGGUUGAUUCGGCUGAGUCUCCGACAGUGUAAGGGCCUUUGGGAGGUCAAACGGUACAAUGGACCGCAUACGUGUCUCGCCACCUCCAUCUCCAGCGACCACAGGAGUUUGGAUUAUCAUGUGAUAUCGGUAUUCAUUAUGCCAAUGGUUAGGGCUGAUGCAUCCAUCAGUAUCAAGGUGCUCCUAAAUGCCACGGCCGCACAUUUUGGAUUUAGGCCGACGUACAGGAGGGUCUGGUUGGCGAAGUGUGAGUGGGCGAACCGGAUUGUGUAUUCGUUGUGGACACAGCAUUGUGAUGAGGGGUAG